AUGUUAAAAAAGAAAGGAUCAGAAUAAUUAGACAUUAUAUUUGAAGCAGGAGAGGAUCUAUUGAACAUUUCUAAAAAUCAAGUAAUCAUGAUUAAAAAUAAUUCAAUCAAAUUACCAAUUAUUAGACCUAGAACAUUUUUAUCUUACAGUCUUGAAUUUUGUGGCAUAACUAAUCUAAAUUACAAGAUGUUGAGAUUUCAAUCUUUAGGCAGAGAUAUUAGAGUAAAAUAUUCAAAUUUUAUUUUAAGCCUGAAACAAGUAUAAUGACUUCUUGUUUAGUUAAAGUCAUUCAUACUACAGAAUUUUCUUAGAUGGCUUAAAAUCCUCUUAAAACAUCUUUUUAGACUCUCUUCAAUCAUGGUGCUCAUAGUGAUGUACUACUUUAAAUAAAUGAUGAAUAAGUACAAUAUAUAUGUUUAUAUAUAAUAUAGCCUUUACUUUUACAUAAAUGUAUUUUAGCCUGUAGAUCACCUAAAUUUAAUGGAAUGUUUUCUUCUAAUAUGCUUGAAUGCAAUUAAUGUUUAGUUAAGGUUGAAUAUAAAAAGCCAGAUUUAUUUAAAGUAAUGUUAUAAUGGAUAUAUUGUGGUUAUUGGAAGGAAGUAUAUUGUAGAUUUAUAUAAUUUAGUUUCCAGUAGAAAUUGAAGAUACUUGUGAUUUAAUGUUAUUAGCUGAUGAAUAUUUGAUAUGUGAUUUAAAAUAAAAAUGUGAAGAGGAUAUAAUAUCAAAACUAAAUAGCAAUAAUAUUUUGUAAAUUUUGUUAUUUGUUGAAAAACAUUCAAAUAUUAUUUCAUCAAUGUUACUAGAAAAAACAAAUUCUAUGUUCAUUGAUGAUUUUGAUAAAAUACACAAAUUAAAUUCUGAUCUAGAAAAAGAGAUUAAUAAAGUACCAGGUUUAAUGACAAAGUUAUUCUAGAAUUUACAUCAAAAGAAAAUCAGAAAAGGUAGAAAGGUGCAUUUUGUAGUUGA